UGCGGUGGAUGUGACGCUCGGGCAGAGGUGGGCAGACAGACGGGAUCUCCCUGUUUCCAUCCUCCCGCCUCCAUUAGCUGCCCAGACUGACUUGCAGCGACAAGCGAACGCACCAUGUAUCUCUGCAGAAUCGCCUGGCACAACCUAGUGCCCUUGGCCAGGAUCCCGCCCCCCUCCUUAUUAAUCAGGAACGUGUACAGAAAUGCAUCCAUUCGCCAGAUGUCUUCUGGUGGUCCUCCAGGAUCAUCAAGUGAGAGCAUGCUGUACACACUAAUGGUUGGUGCUGUGGUUGCAGGAGCAAGUGUUUAUACAUAUAAAGUUCUCCACAAGGACAAAGCCAGGUACAAUGAGAGAGUUGCGGAGAUAAUGGGACGCCCAAAGGGUGAAUGGACAGCGAAGGGAUGGCAACCAAAGCAAUCGGAUGAAGUCCAGUCUCCUGACGUUGUUGCAACUAGCGAAGAGGCCUCGGAGUCAGCAACAGAAGAGGUCAAAAUCCCUGUAGCUGCAAGUAUUGAGCAAGCUGAAAAUCCUGCACUGGUUGUAGAACCCAGUGAGAGUCCAUUGGAGGGCGAGGUUGCUGUGGAAGAGGCAGUGAUGGACGUUCUGACCGCGCCUGCUUCAGUCAAAGAACCAGAUGAUGUCCAGUCUCUUGAGGUGGUUGGAGCUUCUGAAGAGGCCACAGAGUCAGGAACGGAAGAAGCCAAAGUCCCCACAGCAGACAGUAUCGAGCAACCUAAUAGCCCUUCAACAACUAUAGAACCCACAGAGAUCCGACUGGAGCAGGAGACCAACACAUCAGUUGCAGACCAAAAGGAUGAGUUACAAUCUAAUCAAAUCAAAGGUUAAACAAUCCUUCUUGGAAUGAAUUUUAUACCUAAGUUGAAGUAAAUGGUGAUCCUGGGUUAUUUAAAUAUCCAUCUCACUUCGUCCUCACUCCUUCUGACUUUACAGCUCAUUUGUUCUCCCUCAUAGUUUUCCUCCAUAUAAAUACUCCUUUCCCUGGCCACUCCUUUGACCUUACCUUCACACAUAGUCUAUCCAUUCUCCUCAUCUGAAUCACAUGCAUGACUGCCUCUCUACAGUUUCCUUUAAUCCCACGACUCCUCGCAGUCCCCCUUCUAACCCCAAUGUUUGCCUUUGGACACUUUUACAAGUCACAGACAGAUUCAUUUUCAAAUAUCAGCCAUUGAGCAUUUAGCCUUCCAUCUUCCAGAGCACUUCUGCAAUUUUCAUAUUUCCCAACAAGCCUUCAUCUCAGUUUUGAUGCUGUAGUUCAUGCCAAAUCAUGCAUUCCCUCCUACAUUGGUUGUUUCCUUUAGCAGCCCUUAUCUUCACUUCCUUAAGUUCAAGGGGUGCAGAUUUGAGUGUACAUGAUACUAUAGAAGGGUCAGCUAUUUAUCACAGCUAUUAGUUAUUUAGCUCUUUGCCAAAACUCUGCAUGGCUCCCACAACAAGGUAUUUAAGUAUUACCUUUCAGUUGAAAAGAUUCCAAGGAGGUACAGUGUUACCAAACAAAAUUUCUCACUGAACCACACCCUGAGAUAUGGGGCAGAUAACCAAACUUUGGUUAGAUAAAAGUUAAAUGUCUUAAAGUCCAAAGUUGUGCAGGUUAGGUGGGUUAGCCAUAGGAAAUGCAGGGUUACAGGAAUAGGGUAGUGGGGGUGAGAUGUUCUUCAGAGGAGUGCUGUGGAUUUGAUGGGCCCAAUCAUCAAAGAAAAGCCUUUUCAUAGAAUAUCUGAUAAGCUUGAGGUGGGAUCAUCUGACCACCUUAGUCGAAAACAUUGACUGAAAAAUUUGAACAUUGCUCAAAGUCACCAGGAGUCCAAGUGUGAUGGUAUUGUAAAGAAUUGUAAACAACCAGAAUGGUCUGAGGACAUUUAUUCCAGUUUUAAUGGGGCACAUUUAUUAUUGGGCUCAUUGGGAGCUUCUUCUGCUAUGAUGAACAAACAUAAUAUAUAAUUCUAAAUUAUGUAUCUUAAUAAAUAUCAGAUUUACUAUAUUAAA